AUGACGUCUGGAAUUAUCAAACGGCAAGAGUCAGACCAACGUCAGACCAACGUCAUCCCUCAACAUGUCAACAGCUCGUAUAGGCAGGGUUUAGCUGAGACUCAUCUCUUGACAGGUAGGCUGGUAGUAAGCUUGGGCGGUAUACCGAAUAUACCGUAUACCGGGGUAUUUGGAAAAAGCCAUGGGAUAACUUUGAAAUGUUUUUCAAUACAUGUUCAUAUUCAUAUCAUUUUUAAGUAAAUACCGGCAGUCAAACUUGUGCGUAUGAUCGCGUUCUUCAUUUCACCUGUCACAUUAUUUUUGCAUUAUGAAGCUUACCGUAGUUCCCCAGAGCAGUUGAGCCAGUCAUGUGUUUGUUUGUAAAUAGCAGAAUGGGAGAAAGCGGGAGCAGGUGAGUCCAGCUGUGUAUUGACAGGGGUUGGGUUUUAUAUUGAAAGUCUGGUGUUUUUUUUGCUUCAAUAGAGUGAUCAGGGGCUUGCAACUAUGGUUUUCCUUCACAGAAAAUACAUUAGUGCAACACAUUCGGCAGAAAAUAGCUUCAUUAUCAUCAGAUGACAACAGAAGUGCAACACUAUUUGGCUGGCAGCCACACAGGUAAAUGAGACAAUGAAAAAGCACAUAUUUUUUGGCAAAAAACGAUGAAUGGCCAUCAUAUUUCUAAUGUUUAUCAUAGAAACAAUGUAACCAGCUACAUUUCCUAAUGUUUUGCUUAAAGUUAAUCUUGCAUUUUACCGGAGAAAAGUAGGCUGGCUACACCGAGAAAAGUACAGGAGAUGUAGCUACACAUCAGUCAGAGCAUUGUCUUUUGAUAGAAUGCAACUGAAGCAAAAAAUGCAUUUUAGAUCUGCGUUUACAAAACGCAGCAAGAUAUUUGUAAUGAGUUUUAUUUUAAUUUUGAUGGGGAGAAAGGGAGGGAGAGCUGACUGGUAGGAAUGGAGAGAGGUGUCUAGGAGUAAGAUGAGUUAAUAUCAGAACACAUCCCCGUGGUGUAGAAGGAGGAGAAUGAGCUGAAAAGAGGUGGUUUUCAAACCCUCAACUCAGCCCUCCACUGAGAUGCUGCAUUGUAACAAAGCCCAUGGCCACAAUCUGCUGUGUGGGUUAUGGUUAGUGAAUUUGGAGAGUGUGUGUGUUUCGAUGUGUGAGUGUGGUGGUCCCCAUGCUUCCCAUGAAUAAUUGGGAAUCCAGAAGGUGUCAACAGGUUUAGGGAUGGGGUCAGGGUCAGGUCAACAGAGUCAUGGGAGGAGGAAAAGGAGAGGAGGAAGACGUGAAAGAGAGGAAUGAGGGAGGAGAGGCAUUGAUGAAGAUGGACAGAUGUACACACAGCAGAGAAGAGAGAUACAACACCUCAAAGUAACACUUAAGCAUGCCUUUCCAAGUGUUCACCAUUUGGAGUUAUUUAACCAUGUCCUGCCCCACCCCCCAUUCUGUGUGUGCGAUGCAUGGUGCCUGUCAUAGUAUAUGGCCAUCCCCUCUCAGUUUUGUGUAUAUUGGCUUUCUGUACACCCCUUCUCUCUCACCUGUGUUGACAGAAAGACAGAGAGGCCUAGCUCCCUAACUGAGGGCCUGAAUCAGGCCUAGUGGAAGGCAACAGGCUAACACAACAGCUCUUUCCAUAGGCUUUGAUCACACAAUGGAGGGAAACGCAAGGGUCAAUAAUGAUAAAAUUAAAGUAGUAUGGAAAACUAUGUAGGGAAAAAAAACAAAGAUGGUGAAUAUAGCCCCCAUCAAUCAACACACACACUCCUCCCCAGACCACACACAGUGGGUGAUGGUGGUGGGUGGAGAGGGAGGGCUUAAUUAUUUCCGGAGUGAAGGAAAGAUAAAAAAAUAUCACAGUACCGGAACUAUACCUGUGUGGGGCAAUGUGCCUGGGGGGAGUGCUUAGAGCCUUGCACACACGUUCUGGCCUGGCCGGCUGCCUGCGAGUGGAAUAAACGUUCUCUUCCUGCCGAGGGGUGUGCUGAGGCAAUGAAGGAGGAAUGUACUUAGGGAGGUGUGCUGAGGUACAGGAAAGGUUGGGAGUGCCUCUGUACUAUGCCUCUAACUAUUACUGUACAGUCAGCCAAAUGUAGACUGUCUAAGAGACGUUAGCCACGUACAAUAUUUUUUUUAAAUGGAAAAAACGCACACACACAUGACUGCAAUAAUAUUGCAAUAAACGAUCCCAAAAUGUUGCACCUCUACCAAGUUUUUGUUGUUGUAAUGAAGGGCUUUACUGAGUGUUGAAAUCUGUAGACUGAGUGCGUCAAAUCAAGGCAGAGGUUUGAGACUAGAUUUACCAUGGUUGUACACUACCGGUCAAAAGUUUGAAAACACCUACUCAUUCAAGGGUUUUUCUUUAUUUUUACUAUUUUCUACAUUGUAGAAUAAUAGUGAAGACAUCAAAACUAUUAAAUAACACAUAUGGAAUAUUGUAGUAACCAAAAAAGUGUUAAACAAAUCAAAAUAUAUUUGAAAUGUGAGAUUCUUCAAAUAGCCACCCUUUGCCUUGAUGACAGCUUUGCACACUCUUGGCAUUUUCUCAGCCAGCUUCACCUGGAAUGAUUUUACAAUAGUCUUGAAGGAGUUCCCACAUAUGCUGAGCACUUUUUGGCAGCUUUUUCUUCACUCUGCGGUCCGACUCAUCCCAAACCAUCUCCGUUUGGUUGAGGUCGGGGGAUUGUGGAGGCCAAGUCAUCUGAUGCAGCACUCCAUCACUCUCCUUCUUGGUAAAAUAGCCCUUACACAGCCUGGAGGUGUGUUGGGUCAUUGUCCUGUUGAAAAACAAAUGAUAGUCCCACUAAGCCCAAACCAGAUGGGAUGGGGUAUCGCUGCAGAAUGCUGUGGUAGCCAUGCUGGUUAAGUGUGCCUUGAAAUCACAGACAGUGUCACCAGCAAAGCACCCCACACCAUAACACCUCCUCCUCCAUUCUUUACUGUGGGAAAUACACAUGCAGAGAUCAUCCGUUCACCCACACCGCGUCUCACAAAGACAUGGCGGUUGGAACCAAAAAUCUCCAAUUUGAACUCCAAUUUGAACAGACCAAAGGACUAAUUUCCACCAGUCUAAUGUCCAUUGCUCAUGUUUCUUGGCCCAAGCCAGUCUCUUCUUAUUAUUGGUGUCCUUUAGUAGUGGUUUCUUUGCAGCAAUUCGACCAUGAAGGCCUGUUUCACACAGUCUCCUCUGAACAGUUGAUGUUGAGAUGUGUCUGUCACUUUAUUUGGGCUGCAAUUUCUGAGGCUGGUAACUCUAAUGAACUUAUCCUCUGCAGCAGAGGUAAUUCUGGGUCUUCCUUUCCUGUGGUGGUCCUCAUGAGAGCCAGUUUCAUCAUAGCGCAUAGUGCAACUGCACUUGGAGAAACUUUCAAAGUUCUUGAAACUUUCCAUAUUGACUGACCUUCAUGUCUUAAAUUAAUGAUGGACUGUAAUUUCUCUUUGCUUAUUUGAGCUGAUCUUGCCAUAAUAUGGACUUGGUCUUUUACCAAAUAGGGCUAUCUUCUGUAUACCUCACUACUUUGUCACAACACAACUGAUUGGCUCAAAGGCAUUAAGAAGGAAAGAAAUUCAACACAUUAACUUUUAACAAGGCACACCUGUUAAUUGAAAUGCAUUCCAGGUGACAUUCCAGGUGAGAGAAUGCCAAGAGUGUGCAAAGCUGUCAUCAAGGCAAAGGGUGGCUAUAAAACAGCUUUCACCCUUUCUUGUCUGGCUUGUCUUUCUGAUGGGAGUAGGGGAUUUUAAAAAUACACUGAACAAAAAUAUAAAUGCAACAUGCAACAAUUACAAAGAUUUUACUGAGUUACAGUUCAUAUAAGGAAAUCAGUCAAUUUAAAUAAAUUCAUUAGGUCCUAAUCUAUGGAUUUCAGAUGACUGGGAAUACAAAUAUGCAUCUGUUGGUCACAGAUACCUUAAAAAAAAGGCAGGGGCGUGGAUCAGAAAACCAGUCAGUGUCUGGUGUGACCACCAUUUGCCUGAUGCAGUUCGACACAUCUCCUUCGCAUAGAGUUGAUCAGGCUGUUGAUUGUGGCCUGUGUAAUGUUGUCCCACUCCUCUUCAGUGGCUGUGCGAAGUUGCUGGAUAUUGGCUGGAUGUGGAGGUCCUGGGCUGGAGUGGUUACACGUGCUCUGGUUGCGAGGCCAGUUGGACGUACUGCCAAAUUCUCUAAAAUGACAUUUGAGGCUUAUGAUAGAUAAAUUAACAUGGUGUGCAUGCUCCCUCAAAACUUGUGGCCUUUUAUUGUCCACCUGUGUAAUGAUCAUGCUGUUUAAUCAGCUUCUUGAUAUGCCACACCUGUCAGGUGGAUGGAUUAUCUUGGCAAAGGAGAAAUGCUCACUAACAGGAAUGUAAACAAAUUUGUGCACAACAUUUUAGAGAAAUAAGCUUUUUGUGCGUAUGGAUCAUUUCUGGGAUCUUUUAUUUCAGCUCAUGAAACAUGGGACCAACACUUUACAUGUUGCAUUUAGAUUUUUGUUCAGUGUAUAUAUUUUUUUAUUUUGGAGGUAUCUGUCUUUCCCUGCUGUACUCACAUUGGCUGCCUGGUAUUUGUGCUGAAAGGGAGGGGGUCUGUCUAUCUGUCUGGGCACAAUGAUUGGUCGUUAUUCUCACAGGCUCCGCCUCCAGCUCUGUGCCACUGUCUACCCUCUGCUUUGGGCCAUAACUGCAUGCUUUACAUUUUAGCCAUUUAGCAGACGCUCUUAUCCAGAGUAACUUACAUGAGCAAUUAGAGUUAAGUGCCUUGCUUAAGGGCACAUCGACAGAUUUUUCACCUAGUCGGCUCGGGGAUUAGAACCAGCGACCUUUCGGUUACUGGCACAAUGAUCUUACCCACUAAGCUACCUGCCGCCCUACACAUGAAAACCCAACCCAACACUAAAGAUAAUGUAAAGGGUAUGGCUGAAUGAGGGUUGUCAUCCUAAUUUAUGGUUUUAAGAUUAAACAGUUUGGGCCUCCUCUCUCUCUGUAUCACUCCUCUUGGCUUUACAUUGAUUUAAGUGCAUCCAUGGGGUUAUGUGGUGUUAUUUUUUUAUUUCUUACACUAUUGCUUGUUUCUUCCUCUCCCACCUUUCUCCCUGUCUUUCUUCCCUCCUUUCUGCACACCCCUCCUUGGCCUCCUCCUCCCUUUUCUUCGCUCUGCAGAGCCUCCGACCAAAUACCAAAUCUCUAAGCCCACCGUGUGCUCGGUGCACCCGGGGGAACUGCUGAAGCUCAACUGCCCUCUGCCUGGGGAGGUGGGGACCAUCACCUGGACUAAGGACGGUUCCUCUCUGGGGGUCAACAACCGCACGCUGAUAGAGCGGGAGGUGCUGCAGAUCCGCGACGCCUCGCCCAAGGACUCUGGCCUGUACGCAUGCAGCACCGUGGGCCCUCAGGGCAGCGACACGCUCUGCUUCAUAGUGAACGUCACAGGUGAGUCAGGGAGCCAGGCAGGAGGCAGGACAGGGGGUAACCAGCCAGUCAGCCAGCCAGCCUGUCAGGGCAGGGAGCAGCCAAUAAGCCAGAGCUGGGAGAAACGAGCCAGCCAACCAGCCUGCUAGGGCAGGACAGGGACAGACAAAGGUAGGGUUGGUCAUAGUGUAGGUCCUACACUCUUAGAAAAAAAGGUGCUAAGUAGAACCAUAUAGGGUUCUUCGGUUUGUCCCCAUAGGGGAACCCUUUUUGGUGCUAGGUAGAACCCUUUGCAUAGGGUUCUACCUAGAACCCUCUAUGAAGGGUUCUUCAUAGAACCCUCUGUAAAUUGUAAUAGCUAGAAGUCUCUAUAAAUGGUUCUUCGUAGAACCCUCUACAAAGAGUUCUACCAAGAACCCUUUUAUCCUCUAAAGGUUCUUCAUAGAACCCUUUAAUCUUUAAAGGGUUCUUCCUAGAACCCUCCAUGAACGAUACAUUGCAUACAGUAUAUCUUAAGGCCUUUCUUUCAGAGCCUAGUUACACCCUAACACAGCGGUCGGAAACUCCUGAUUUACAGACCACAUUAGGCCUGCAAGUCACAUUAUGUAGGCUUGCAAAGUGAUGUGUAAUUCCUAUUGGAAUCCCAAUAGGAAUUAGUGAGGAUACCCAACAAUUGGACAUUUUAAUCACCUGCAACCUGUAUUUAGAAUGACAGCCAGGGUGGCGUACAUUAGGGUUGAAUAUUUGCCCGGUAUUUUACAAAUGUUCCAUCCCAAGAAUAAAUCACUUUUCUCCCGGGUGACCUGGUAUUUCCCGCCAAAACCGAAAGUGUCAUUCUAAAGCAUAUAAAGUAUAUAAAUAUGUCUGGGUUUAAUUCAAGCCUGAUACUACCUGAGCCCUCCUCUUUCUCUCUCUAUUGUUGCUGCAUUUCUUCCUUGCUUUCAACAGUUAAAUGAAAUUAGUUUUGUUGGCUAUAUCUUCAUCAUUAUAAUGACAUGCUUGAAUAACAUAGGACUAGAAUAAGAUGUAGACGUCCUUCACUUCUCUUCACGAAGAUUGAAUGGUUAUGGAUGACGGUCUGAAUAAAAAACUGUUAUAGCCUACCGCCGUCGCACGCGUUCUCUUCCUUCAAAAGUUCAAAAAGUUACCAUGAUGAGAUGAUACAUGCAUUGUGAACUGCGCUCCUACUGAGAUGCGCUGUCUGUCCCCACCCUGAGCGUUGAUGAUUGAUCAUGCAGAUAGCAGAGAGAAGGCCAUAGAGAAGCCAGAUUUAGACAUCACAUUAUUUAGCAGUUCCAUUUCAAGUCAUGAUGUUGAUAGAAGUAAUUUAUAAUAAUUUACCAGUUUCUCGCAGUUAUUUCUCCUGGGAAAAGGGAGUGGGUUUGGGCGGUAAAUCUCAGUAACCUGUUUCCCGGUAUUCAACCCUCCAAAUUAAUUAUUGAUACAACCUAAAUCAUGUAAACUGGAACAACCAUCUCACUAACUGGUAUAUUAAGUCAAACUACUAACAGAUUGGAUUAGUUUAGAAAAAUAUAUGUUAUUUAUCUUUGUGUAGCAUAAGAUUAAUCAACCAAUCAAUCAAGUGUCUUGCAAAAGUAUUCAUCCCCCUUGGCAUUUUUCCUAUUUUGUUGCAUUACAACCUGUAAUUUAAAUAGAUUCUUAUUUUUAUUUCAUGUAAUGGACAUACACAAAAUAGUCAAAAUUGUUGAAGUGAAAUGAAAAAAAUAACAUGUUUCAAAAUAUUUGAAAGAAUAAAUAAUGGAAAAGUCUAUGUAUUCACCCCCUUUGCUAUGAAUCCCCUAAAUAAGAUCUGGUGCAACCAAUUACCUUCAGAAGUCACAUAAUUAGUUAAAUAAAGUCCACCUGUGUGCAAUCUAAGUGUCACAUGAUCUGUCACAUGAUCUCAGUAUAUAUACACCUGUUCUGAAAGGCCCCAGAGUCUGCAACACCACUAAACAAGGGACACCACUAAGCAAGCGGCACUAUGAAGACGAAGGAGCUCUCCAAACAGGUCAGGGACAAAGUUGUGGAGAAGUACAGAUCAGGCUUGGGUUAUAAAAAAAUAUCCGAAACUUUGAACAUCCCACGGAGCACCAUUAAAUAUAUUAUUCAAAAAUUGAAAGAAUAUGGCACCACAACAAAACUCACGGACCAGGCAAGGAGGGCAUUAAUCAGAGAGGCAACAAAGAGACCAAAGAUAACCCUGAAGAAGCUGCAAAGAUCCACAGCAGAGAUUGUAGUAUCUGUCCACUUUAAAUGUCUUGGAAUGGCCUAGUCAAAGCCCAGACCUCAAUCCAAUUGAGAAUCUGUGGUAUGACUUAAAGAUUGCUGUACACCAGCGGAACCCAUCCAACUUGAAGGAGCUGGAGCAGUUUUGCCUUGAAGAAUGGGCAAAUAUCCCAGUAAAUAGAUGUGCCAAGCUUAUAGAGACAUACCCCAAGAGACUUGCAGCUGUAAUUGCUAUAAAAGGAGGCUCUACAACGUAUUAUUUUUGGGGGGUUUGCUUCACAAUAAAACAUAUUUUGCAUCUUCAAAGUGGUAGGCAUGUUGUGUAAAUCAAAUGAUACAAACCCCCCCAAAAAACUAUUUUAAUUCCAGGUUGUAAGGCAAUAAAAUAGGAAAAUUGCCAAGGGGGGUGAAUACUUUCGCAAGCCACUGUACAUACAAAAACACAGAUAUUGAAAUAAACAAUUCUUAAAAUCAACCUGCAAUAGAGCAUGUUGGGAAAUAUGAUAAUGAUGGGUGUGUUUUUAAAAUACAGAACAUACUAAUUUGAAAUAAAAACAAUCAUGGAAAAUAUAUUAACUAUGUCAGUACUGUAUAUGUAAAAUGAUUACAUGCACAAAUAUUCCCAUAUAGGUACAGUUUAAAACAUUCUCACACCUACAGUUGAAGUCGGAAGUUUACAUACACUAAAGUUGGAGACAUUAAAAGUCAUUUUUCAACCACUCCACAAAUUUCUUGUUAACAAACUAUCGUUUUGGCAAGUCGGUUAGGACAACUACUUUGUGCAUGACACGAGUCAUUUUUCCAACAAUUGUUUACAGACAGAUUAUUUCACUUAUAAUUCACAGGAUCACAAUUCCAGUGGGUCAGAAGUUUAAUUCCCGAAAAUGAUGGAAAAUUCCCGAAAAUGAUGUUAUGGCUUUUGAAGCUUCUGAUAGGCUAAUUGACAUAAUUUGAGUCAAUUGGAGGUGUACCUGUGGAUGUAUUUCAAGGCCUACCUUCAAACUCAGUGCCUCUUUGCUUGACAUCAUGGGAAAACAAAAGAAAUCAGCCAAGACCUCAGAAAACAAAUUGUAGACCUCCACAAGUCUGGUUCAUCCUUGGGAGCAAUUUCCAAACGCCUGAAGGUACCACGUUCAUCUGUACAAACAAUAGUACGCAAGUAUAAACACCAUGGGACCACUCAGUUGUCACACCGCUCAGGAAGGAGACGCUUUCUGUCUCCUAGAGAUGAACGUACUUUGGUGCGAAAAGUGCAAAUCAAUUCCAGAACAACAGCAAAGGACCUUGUGAAGAUGCUGGAGGAAACAAGUACAAAAGUAUCUAUAUCCACAGUAAAACGAGUCCUAAAUCGACAUAAUCUGAAAUGCCGCUCAGCAAGGAAGAAGCCACUGCUCCAAAACCGCCAUAAAAAGCCAGACUACGGUUUGCAACUGCACAUGGGGACAAAGAUCGUACUUUUUGGAAAAAUUUCCUCUGGUCAGAUGAAACAAAAAUAGAACUGUUUGGCCAUAAUGGCCAUCGUUAUGUUUGGAGGAAAAAGGGGAUAGCUUGCAAGCCGAAGAACACCAUCCCAAACGUGAAGCACGGGGGUGGCGGCAUCAUGCUGUGGGGGCGCUUUGCUGCAGAAGGGCCUGGUGCACUUCACAAAAUUGAUGGCAUCAUGAGGAAGAUAAAUUAUGUGGAAAUAUUGAAGCAACAUCUCAUGACAUCAGUCAGGAAGUUUCAGCUUGGUCGCAAAUGGGUCUUCCAAAUGGACAAUGACCCCAAGCAUACUUCCAAAGUUGUGGCAAAAUGGCUUAAGGACAUCAAAGUCAAGGUAUUGGAGUGGCCAUUACAAAGCCCUCAAUCCUAUAGAACAUUUGUGGGCAGAACUGGAAAAGCGUGUGCGAGCAAGGAGGCCUACAAACCUGACUCAGUUACACCAGCUCUGUCAGGAGGAAUGGGCCAAAAUUCACCCAACUUAUUGUGGGGAGCUUGAGGAAGGCUACCCGAAACGUUUGACCCAAGUUAAACAAUUUAAAGGCAAUGCUACCAAAUACUAAUUGAGUGUAUGUAAACAUCUGACCCACUUGGAAUGUGAUGAAAGAAAUAAAAGCUGGAAUAAAUCAUUCUCUCUACUAUUAUUCGGACAUUUCACAUUCUUAAAAUAAAGUGGUGAUCCUAACUGACCUAAAACAGGGAAUUUUAACUAGGAUUAAAUGUCAGGAAUUGUGAAAAACUGAGUUUAAAUGUAUUUGACUAAGGUGUAUGUAAACUUCUGACUUCAACUGUAUCUUUUUAAACUUCAUCAGAUUACUCAAACUCCUGAGUUUUUUUCUAAGAGUGUAAAUGUAGUAUACACCUGUGCCUCUAUAUGGCUCUGUACACAUGCACCUAGCUGUGGAUAGUAUUGGCAGAGUAGGCAAGGUAUACAAUUGCUGGACUGCAGUGUGGCUUUGGCUACUUUACCUGUGAAGAACCAAGAUGCUGCUACAUCCCUGAUCUUUUGAGGUUUUGAUGCUUUUUUAAUAGGGUGGUAGUUGGGGAAUGGCCAUGGAAGGGUUGUGGAAUGGGAGGGUUUUCUGGGUCAUGUAGUUGUAGUUAUUCAACUUUUCUUACAAACGUCAGUGAGUCAUGCUGUCCUUCGUUACGUAUGAUAUGAUUUUGUGAACAGUGUAAACAUCAAUAUUAUAUCACCUGAUCCUGCCACCUCACCUAAACACAUCAGUGCAUGUAUGAGCAUGUGCUGCAGUGAGUGUGUGUGUAUACGUGUGUGUGAAGGCAUGUGUGUGUGCAUGCGUGUGAGUGUAUGUGUGAGUGUAUCUGUCCUUGGUUACGUAUGAUUAUGAUUUUGUGAACAGUGUAAACGUCAAUAUUACAUCACCUGAUCCUGCCACCUCACCUAAACACAUCAGUGCAUGUAUGAGCAUGUGCUGCAGUGAGUGUGUGUGUAUACGUGUGUGUGUGUGAAGGCAUGUGUGUGUGCAUGUGUGUGAGUGUAUGUGUAUGGCUGGAGCUGUCCUGAGUGGUGGCAGAGAUAGCAGUAAGUAACCGUGGUCAUCUCUACAGAUGCCAUCUCGUCUGGGGACGAUGAGGACGACACAGAGCGAUCGGAGGAUGUGGGGGCGGACGGAGAGCAGAUAAGUGAGUAUGGGCAUAGUAUUGUGGGGACAGUGUGGGGACAGGGCAGGAGAGGCUGUGACCGUUGUCUUCUGUAGUGGGGGCAUUGGGGCAAUAUGUGAACUCAGCAAAUAGGUUGUCAUUUUCUUUGGUUGUUUUUACCCUCAUUGUUAUAUAAUAACACUGUUGUGGAGCUGAGGUCCAUGGUUUGGACUUUCAACCAUCAGGUCAAAUGUCAUCAUGACCAAAGUUACUAUACUCCUAAAUGUUUGUCUUUUUGUGUGUUGUGUGCACAGUGUUACUAAAUCUGGUAGUUUCAUCAGUUCAAAUCUGCAAUGAGAUCUCAGCUGUACUGUAGCAUUCCUGUGUAUGUAGUGAGUCUGGAAGUGUGUGUCUGCUGGGAAUGUGUAUGUGUAUGUGUGUGUGUAUUGUGAGGGUGAUGUUUGUAAGCCUAUCUCUCCCAGGCCUUCUAGGCGCUCCAGGGAAGAGGAAUUCCUAACAUUCCUACUGUAGCCGGCAUCUCUCAGGUAGUCAGGCCCCAAGGAACCAGUCAGCUGGACUCAUCCAUUAUGAAAUGCUCCCAUCUGGACAGGGUUAGGGACCAGAUGGGAGAUGGGCUGUAUGUGAUGAGAUGUGUGUGUAUCACAGGGCCAAAGUGAAGAAGAGGGCUUCCACAUCUUGUUAAAAUUGUCAACACGCACCGCGCCUAAUAGUGGGCUCAACUCCCCCACUUUUCACCGACUAUAAUUGGCCUGAAAUCCAUUAAAUAUGUCGUCUAGGAACUCUGUAAGGGGAGGAAAAUGGAGAGAAAGAAAAAAAACUGUUUCUGGUGGUAAUAAGCUGUUUGAAAGCAAAGUAAAAACUGUUCUGGCAGCUCAGUUGAAUUUUCUCCUGGUGUUUUUUCUAAGAAUUCAAAACCCGGGAAGAGUGGGGGAAGAGAGGAAAACGAGGGGAAGGUUGAGGCCUUUUAACUACAGCGUUCUGGUUUGGAUCAGCACCAGCACUUCUCUGUGUACGCUGUGGAGCUCUGGCCCUCGGCCCAUUUCUGGAGGGGGGUUGUGGAGGCUUUUUAAGGAAAAAAGGAAGGAGGGAAGGAGAAGGGGGCCUGAGCAUUGUGCUUGGGGCCAUUCUAAGGCCCAAUGGGUUAGGUUUCAGUGUCUGCCUCAGCUCGUACUCUGUACACUUUGAUUCCACUUUCUUAAAAAGAGACUGAACAACAACACAGUCACAACCUGGCCCCCACUAAAACACUGGGAGAAAAAGUUAUGAGCUAAGUUGUACCCCCUGCCCAGCGUCAGGUUGGCUGUGAUUGGAGGAGACAAGCAAGGCGUACGGAAGGAUCAUGGAGGAGGCUUUGUUUUUCGGGGCAGCAUUGACGUCAGAGUGGAUAUGGGGUUCCACUCCCAUUGGUUCUGCUGUUCUAACUAAUUCUCUGGCCUGUUAAGGAGAUCAACCUUAAUUGCUCCCGUUUGUUUUCGUUUGAAACAUCUGUAGGGUACAAUUUACAAGCUUUUAAUAGUCUAUUAUCAUUAGCUGCUUUGUUAUGUUUGUCCUAGGUAUACAGUAUAUGUAGAUGUAGUACCAGCUGUACAGUAUGGGGCAAAUGUACAACUUUAAAGCAAUUAAUACUAUCAUUUGACACUUAAUGUUUGUGCCUCACUCCUCAUUCUGAACGUUAAGCACAUUCUUGUUUUGGAGACAUAGAUUACCUGAGCUAACCCCAGACUGCCACAGAGUAAACAGCAAGAGAAGCUAUCUGGAUCCAGAGAGCUUAAGGGGCCACACAGGGUCCUAGGGGCCACAGAGGGGUCUUAGGGGCCACAGCAGUUGGUCAGUGAGAGUUUGGCCUCAUCUGGACAGAGGUUGGGGGUUCUUUGAAGUCUCGCUACCUCCGGACGAGCGGAGCAUGGGAAACAGACCCGGUCACCUUUCACCAUCAUGUCCCGUGCUCAUCAUCAGACGCAGCUGCUGCCACUCCGGGGUCAGAGUUCACCUGAGAGAGACGAGCUCCUGAAUGGGGGCAGUCGCCACCUUAACCUGUCUGACUGUCUGUGUGUCUGUAGGGAGGAGUGUUGAAAGAGAAAAUAAGAUGGCGAGAAAUAGGGGACAGAGUGAGAAGGAAAUGGGCUUAAAAGAGACUAACUAGUCUAAUUAUAGUGCGUUGGUUCAUCCUGGAAGGAAGAGCAUGGUUUACUUCUUCUGCAUCAAAGUAUGUGUGGACUGUCCGGUUUGCAUGCCAGAGAAAAUGAUGGGAGGUGACCGACUCUGAUAGUAUUCUGAUUGCUGUCUGGUGGACGGAAGAGAGGAGUGGGAAGAGGGGCUGAAACAGGGAGAGAGAGGUGGAAAGAGAAGGACAGAGGCCCAAGAAGGCUAAAGGAGUGUCUAAAGGCUACAGGAACCCUGGAGUGUUCCCCCUCUUCUCCCUGCUCCUGUAAGAUAGAUAUAGGAAGUGAUGGUGGGGAGGACAUCAGUUGUGUUGUUUCGCUCCAAGUUUCUCUUCUUUCUGAGGCCAUCUGCUUAUGCAAUCACUCUCCCAGGUGCCGAGAGAGAGCUAGAGAGAGAGAAGAUAAAGUGUGUGUGUGAAAGAGGAAGAGGGAGAGAGAGAGGGGGGGCUUCAGGGAACUACAGAAAAGGAGAGAUAUGGGGUGAACGAGCUGCAGUUACAGUAUGUAGGCCAGACAGAAAAGGGGUGUUCCUAACUUCCUAUACAACCCUGUGGGGGUGUGUUUGAAUGAAGGAGCGUGAUCAUUGUGUGGGUAACUUACCCUUUACAAAUCAAACAUCUCUCACUCACAACAAAUGUGAAAUAAUCUUUCUCCCUUCUGGAACAUAAUGAUUAUUCAAGGGUGAUAAAUAUCCCAUCUUCCCAACAUCCAUAUCUUCCCCGAUGACAGGAGGCUAAAUAUUGUAAUUGGAAGAAGUGGUAAAAAAACACUAACUGCAACUAGAUUAAAUGGAUGUGAUGGUCUAGUUACCCUCUUGGCAACGCGUCCUGCAACCCUCAAAAGAGACCAAAUGUGUUUGAGUUUUAAGUGUUUCCAGUGUGAACUGUAGUUACGUCCCAAAUGGCCACCAUAUUCCCUAUUUAACGCAAUCCUUUUGACUUGGGCCCAUAGGGAAUAGGGUGCCAUUUGGGACGUAGCCUGUGAAGCCAUGGCUGGGUUGUAAAACUGGGUUGUAAAGCUGGGUUGUAAGUCCAUACAGCCCAGUGUUGUGAAGGGGGCUAGGGGAGUGUGACUAACAGUUUAGGGCUUGCCACCUCGGACAAUAGGGCUUUGGUCAAAAAUAGUGCGCUAUAUAAAUCGAAUCAAAUCAAAUUGUAUUUGCUACAUGCGCCGAAUACAACAGGUGUAGACCUUACAGUGAAAUGCUUACUUACAAGCCCUUAACCAACAAUGCAGUUUUUAAGAAAAAAUAAAAAAAGUGCCAUUUGGGACAUGGUUUUAACUAAUAAACUAUGUGGUAACAAUGGAAACUUUCUGGUACUGUCUGGUACUUCCCAAAUAUCAGAUGUUAUAUGUUCCUGUUUUGCUAUAGAUGGAGAAAAUCUAAUUUGACAUGUUGACUUUAGGGGCGCCCUAUUGGACGAUGCUGGAGAAGAUGGAGAAGAGGUUACAUGCUGUACCUGCUGCCAACACAGUCAAGUUUCGCUGUGCUGCCGGGGGCAACCCACGUCCUAAGAUGCGCUGGCUGAAGAACAGCCGACCAUUCCGACAGGAGGACCGCAUGGGCGGGUACAAGGUACGAGAGAGAACCCCGCACUGCAGCAUGCUGGCACAUGGAGUUUCUCACGACUAG